AUAUACAUAUGUAUGUGUGUUUGUAUUUUUCGCUUUUGUUGGCUGCCAGUAAAUCAAAUUUUGAGUAAAUAGCUGCUGCUGUUAUUCGCAUUCCAAGUUCGAAUGUGUGUGUGACAGGAGAUCAGACGAGCAGCUUGCUGCUGCUGCUCUAUAGUUGGUUACAUAAUGGCAGCAGCGGCAUUGCGCCUGGGCGGCGAAUUUGCAACGAUCACGUUUGGUAAAUUACCAAAAUUUGGUAUUUGUCAGCUUCGCAAUUUGAGCAGCGACCUAACGACAGCGUUGCGUCCCUUUUACUUUGCUGUUCAUCCGGAUCUCUUCGGUCAGCAUCCCGAGCAGCGACAGACGAACGAGAACUCAUUGAAGCUGCUCAGCGCCCAUCUGGAAGCGCUCUAUCAUCACACAUAUCCCAAUGAGGAUACUAAGGUGCUCAAGUUCUAUGUGCGCGAGAGCACAAACGCCCACAAACGAGACUCGUUCAAGCUGGUGCAGAUACGUAUGGAUAGAAGCACACGAGAUCCCCAGAGAUUCAUACAGAAUCUGCUGGAGUCGUGCAAUCUAUCGACGGAUUACAUCAAGACCGUCAAGCCAAGGUCAAAGCCAAAGAUGAAUUCAACGCCAGUUAGCGACAGUGUGGCCAAUCAACCCAGUCACGACUAUCACUACAACACAGAGUUUGCCGAAUUCGAGCAGCGAGUGAAGAACGAAGCUGUUGGGCGUCGUCCAGAACUGUCCGUCUGGCUGGCCGAGAACGCAGAGAAGGCACGUCAACGUGCCAAGGAGACCGCCCAGCUGGAAGCCGAGAUUGAUAAGCUGAAAGAUGUACUUGUGAAGGAUCUGGAGUUGAGUGAUGCUCGCUACGAGUGCGGCUGGAAUAUUGAGCAUUAUCGUGGCUGCCUAAAGUCACUCCAACGUCUCGCACAGACACAUCGCGGCGAGUUGAGCUCACUGCGGAAUCGCGUUGUGGUCUUUGCUCCCUUCACGGGCAUCAGCCUAGAGGGGCAUGUGAUGCUCUUCACCGGCGACGUGCAGAGUAAUUGGCUGGACUUUAUCAAAAACAUUCCACAGCACGACAGCUACCUCAACGUGGUGCCAUUGUAUGAAUUGGCGCUCUCCCAAGUGCUGCGCGGCAUUCAGAUCGGGCGACGCAAGUUUAUGCCCAAGACUCAAGCACGCGGUUAUGCCAACUAUCUGAUGAAGGUGACGACAUCGCUCAAUGAUUUUCUCAGCAAACAGGCCUAUCCCACGGCUUGGCCUCUAAGACUCGAUGGGUUCACAAUCGUUGUUGAAUCAGAGGCGGGGCCAUUGAUGGUCAGUCCUACGGGACAAUUUAUCACACCCGCCACCUGUCCCGGUGCCAUCCUCGUUGAUUUCAUCACGCAAAACAUGAAACUGGCCGAAGACCGAAUGGGCAAAUAUGCGACGGACAAGUAUCUGGAACAAAAUCUUAUCGAGCAGUGCACUCGAGAGCUUAAGCUGCAGGCAUUGACCAAAGAUGAUGCGGUCACGCCGGACAAAAUGAUAUCCGCACUGAGCGAUCUGCGUCGCUGUCGGCCACAACAUUUCGAGCAGCUCAAGCUGCACAUCUCCCAUUACUACUCGGUACUAACAGAUGGCAUCGUUUGUAUACCGUGGGAUUUUAUGCAAAAGUAGCUUCAAUUCUCCGCUCAUCUUUGUCUCUUGUGCCUUGUGAAUAAUCAUCGACAAUAAGCCAAAAACACUAAACACGUUAGCUAAGAUUGCAAUUGGGAUAGUCGUUAGUAUAUACAAAUAUAUAUAUAUAUGCCAGAAAAAAAUGCUUCCCC